AUGAGCAAUAUUAACCAGAAGCGAGAGAGCCAGAGAGGUUUCGAAGAAGACAGAGAGAAGAAGAAGAAGAAGAUGGCUCGUACCAAGCAAACAGCUCGUAAGUCUACUGGUGGAAAGGCUCCAAGGAAGCAGCUUGCUACAAAGGCUGCACGUAAGUCUGCUCCAACCACUGGUGGUGUCAAGAAGCCCCAUCGUUACCGUCCAGGAACUGUUGCUCUUCGUGAGAUCCGUAAGUACCAGAAGAGUACCGAGUUGCUGAUCAGGAAGCUCCCUUUCCAGAGGCUUGUUCGUGAGAUUGCUCAGGAUUUCAAGACUGAUCUGCGUUUCCAGAGCCAUGCCGUGCUUGCACUCCAGGAGGCUGCAGAAGCGUACCUUGUGGGUCUCUUUGAGGACACUAACCUCUGCGCCAUUCAUGCCAAGCGUGUCACCAUCAUGCCUAAGGACAUUCAACUUGCACGCAGGAUCAGAGGAGAACGUGCUUAA